GCGCACGAUGAGAGGAACUACCACGUCUUCUACUGCAUGCUGAAGGGCAUGACUCCAGAGGAGAAGAAGAAACUGGGGCUGAGCAGAGCCAGCGACUACACCUACCUGACCAUGGGUAAAUGUACAGUGUGUGACGGCCGAGACGACUUGAAGGAGUACUCCAACAUCCGCUCUGCCAUGAAGGUACUAAUGUUCACUGACAAAGAAAACUGGGAGAUUUAUAAACUGCUGGCUACUAUUCUGCACAUGGGAAACCUCAGAUAUGAAGCUCGUACCUAUGAUAACCUGGAUGCCUGUGAGGUGGUCCGCAGCCCUCACCUGACCACUACUGCUACUCUACUGGAGGUGGAUGGUAAAGACCUGAUGAACUGUCUGACCAGCAGAACUCUGAUCACCAGAGGGGAGACGGUGUCCACCCCCCUCAGCAUGGAGCAGGCUCUGGACGUACGGGACGCCUUCGUUAAGAUCAAUGCGGCCAUUUACAAGCCAACAUCCUCACAGCCCAAAGCUCUGAGACGCUCCAUCGGACUGCUGGACAUCUUCGGUUUUGAGAACUUCACUGUGAACAG